AAAGGUUGCAGAUAGACUACCUCAUGUUUUCAUUUUAACUGCGGACUAAUUCAGGCUGAUUCAAAAAGAAACUGAUCGAAAAAGUUUGAUCCUGACUGUGUUGGACUGUUGAAUCAUCUUCAUGGCGCUCCUCAGAGGUGUAUUUAUUGUUGGUGCCAAGCGCACUCCAUUCGGCACCUAUGGAGGUGUUCUGAAGGAUCACAGUGCAACAGAUCUGGCUGAGCACGCAGCCAAAGCCGCACUCGCUGCAGGCGGCGUGGCACCGGAGCUCGUGAACAGUGUCAUCAUGGGAAAUGUCAUGCAGAGCUCAGCUGAUGCACCCUACAUUGCACGCCAUGUUGGUCUGAGGUGUGGUGUUCCCAUCCCAGUGCCUGCUCUCACUGUGAAUAGACUGUGUGGAUCUGGUUUCCAGUCCAUCAUCAAUGGUGCUCAUGAGAUCUGCCUAAAGGAGUCAGAGGUGGUCUUGUGUGGGGGCUCAGAGAGUAUGAGCCAGGCCCCAUACGCUGCUCGCAACAUACGAUUUGGUACAAAGUUCGGAUUCGAUCUCAAGCUAGAGGACACUUUGUGGGCAGGACUGACUGACCUUCAUAUCAAAAUCCCGAUGGGCAUCACAGCAGAAAACUUGGCAGAGAAAUACCAGAUCACACGAGAGGAAUGCGACAACUACGCAUACCAGACGCAACAAAGGUGGAAGGCAGCUCACGAGGGCGGUCACUACACAGCAGAAAUUGCUCCCAUUGAUGUGAAAGCGAAGAAAGGAAAGGUGCCCAUGGCUCAGGAUGAGCACCCUCGUCCUCAGACCACACUGGAACAGAUGGCUAAACUGGCUCCUGUCUUCAAGAAGGGAGGGACCGUUACUGCUGCCAACGCGUCGGGUGUAUCUGAUGGUGCUGCUGCUGUGGUGAUUGCAAGUGAGGAUGCCCUGAAAGAACACAAGCUCACUCCGCUGGCCAGAAUUGUGUCCUAUCAUGUAUCGGGCUGCGACCCCAGCAUUAUGGGAAUUGGCCCAGUUCCUGCAAUCACUGAAGCACUCAAAAAAGCCGGUCUUUCUCUCAAGGACAUGGAUCUUGUGGAGGUGAAUGAGGCAUUUGCCCCUCAGUACCUGGCUGUAAGCAAGGCUCUUGGACUGGAUCCUGAGAAAAGCAACGUCAACGGUGGAGCUAUCGCCAUCGGACAUCCUCUCGGAGCUUCAGGAACACGCAUCACUUCACACCUGGUUCAUGAGCUUAGGCGACGAGGGGGCAAGUACGCUGUUGGCUCUGCUUGCAUCGGAGGUGGACAGGGCAUUGCUAUCAUCAUCGAAAAAUGCUAACUGAAGAAGCCGUACACUCAGAAGGUUGCCUGUAGAGGAAUGUAGUGUUCACACACACCGUCCACUCAAAAAAUAUAAUUGAACCAUACUAAAAUUAAACUAAAACUCAUUACUAUAAAUCAGGGCUGGGCAAUAUGGACAAAAUCAAAUAUUGACCAAAUACCUCAAUAUCACUAUUGCAACAAUAUUGUAGGGACGAGUAUCGGUGUGUUCACAAAAUAUUUACACAAUGAGAUUUUUGAUAAAUAAUCAUCAGUAAUGUGGAUAUUAGGGAUGAAUGAUAUCCCUAAAUAAAUCACAUCCUGAUUAUUUUAACAGACAUUGUGACUGCGAUAUGAAUUUAGUUGGAAUGGUAAUUUUUGCUUUUCAUCUUCACUGAAAACAAAUAUAUACAACUGAUGAUGAUGAUGAUGUGAUUUCUUGCUGUUUCUUUAUAUCUGGAGAAUAUGAUCUGUAGGCUGGGGCAUUUCUGUAGCACAGCAACGCUUCAUUUAUAAUAGUAUGUUGUGACACAUUUUACAUUUUAUUAAAAAAUUGCAGCUCCUAUAAUUUGGAUAUUGCACGGUAAAGAACAAUAAUACAACAGCUGGAACAGUUUGAUAUGUAGUCAAUUUACGGUAAUGCAGCCUUUAAACCCAGGAAAAGACAGCACACUUACAAUAUUACCAUAUCCAAAAUCAAUAAAGACUGUCUAGUCUUGUAUCACAGUAUCGAUAUAUUGCCCAGUCCUUCUAUAAAUCAGGCUUUGUUUUUGCUGCUUACUCUUUGUCACAGUCUUUUUAUACAAAAAUGUACAAUAAAUACUCCAGUCAGAGUUGCCUUGGAAGUGAAUAUUAAGAGCUAACUCCUGUUUCUGACCCACAUGUCUGUGUUAGUUGUACUGGUUUCUGUGUGUGACUGACAUACAGAGCUAGCUCCUUGGUUACAUUAACCCGUGUAGCAUAUUAUUAACAAGUACUGUCAGUGUUGAAAUAAGAGGAACUGCAAUAUUUGCCUUAAAAUGUUCUGAUCCACUCCAUUAUCAGGGAGCAGUUCUGCCGAAACAUGUCUGACCUGUGGUUUGUCCAGAAAAAAACAAUUUUGUAUUUCUGUUUCAAAAAGUCUCAAUAAAUUACAGUUUGGAA